GAGCAAUCGGAUGAGCCAGAAGAUGUCCCGGUCCCCUUUACAGGGGACGAGGAAAUUCAGCUGGUGUAUGAAAAGGGGCCCGCCGCCGGGGGCGGGCCCGUCGAGGAGGUGCCCAGCUCUGAGGAAGAGGGGAUCCGUUUCCUCUGCAACCUGGAGAAGAAGAAAGCUUUGUCUUCCUACCAGGAUUACCAAAGUGCCAGUUUGGCAUGGCAAACCGCCGGCCAGGAGGUUAAGGCUUCAACUGCCUUGCGUGUGGCAAUUAAGAUGGAGAAGGAGCACAGCUAUGGCAGCCCGAAGGCAGCGCAAAAACGGCGCUUUUCUGUGCCGGUCAUGAAAGAGGAGCCAGGUUUGGAGGAGGAGCCUGCAGCUGCGAUGCCGGAAAGCGGCGGCCGUGACCCGCAAGCUCCUGGGGAGGAGCCGGCUGCGGCUAUGGAGGACAGCUCCGGGGCCCAUGAUCAAUCCGAAGACAACGCUUCUUGGAAUGAGCAAGGUUGGGAUUCUUGGCAUGCACGUGGUCGUUGGAAGAGCUCUGGCCAGUCUUGGAAGACUGACAUGGAAAAGUACAACGACCUGGAAGAGCAAGAAGACCAAAAAGCCAGAGCCUACUGGGGCAGCAAUCGCUGGCAGCGUGACUGGGUUGAUGACGAAAAAGCUGUCGCUGUCAAAAGAAACAAGGGCAAGAAAAGGAAAUUGUGGCUCGCUUCGCAGAUUGAGACGCUCAAGAAGCAGGGAAGAUGGGUUGGAGGAGCUCCGUCGGAAUCCUCAAAGAAACUUCGUCUGAUCCGUGAGGCGGAGGCCAAGGAGUUCGGCCGCCAGGGCGGCGGUGCAUCUUUGGAGAACCCAGAUCCAGCAGCGGAUCCCGAUGCGGCUGCUGAUGAGGCUCCGGAGGACCCCGGGGCAUCGGAUAGCAUGGCGAGCUUCAGAUCCAUGAUUCAAGCCGCCGACUCCAUAGAGCACGUG